CAUUAUCCAACACUCUCUGUUUGGCCUUAAAAUCUCCGAACCAAAAGCUUUAUAAUUUUGUAUUGGGUUUUAAUCCUCUGGAAUCACAUACAUUUUUGUUACGGUGCACCCUCACCGGCCAAUGUCUAUUCCAGCAGCUGUUGUUAUCCUUCCUCUCGGUCUCCUUUUCUUCUUUUCUGGCCUUAUCAUCAAUCUUAUUCAGGGGAUAUUAUAUGUGAUAAUAAGGCCAAUAUCAAAGAAUGGAUAUAGAAGGAUAAACAGAAUGGUGGCAGAAGUGUUAUGGAUUCAACUUGUGUGGCUACUUGAUUGGUGGGCUGGAGUUAAGGUACAAGUGCACACAGACUCGGAGACAUUAGAGCAUUUGGGUAAGGAACAUGCUCUUCUUAUACCUAAUCACAAAAGUGAUAUAGACUGGCUUAUCGGAUGGGUGUUAGCACAGCGAUCAGGUUGCCUUGGUAGCUCAUUAGCCGUCAUGAAAAAAUCCGCAAAACUCCUUCCUGUCAUUGGUUGGUCAAUGUGGUUCUCUGAGUAUCUUUUUCUUGACAGAAGUUGGGCCAAGGAUGAAAAUACUUUAAAGCUUGGUUUUCAACGGUUAAAGGACUAUCCUCGACCCUUUUGGUUGGGUCUAUUUGUUGAGGGGACUCGUUUUACUCAAGCAAAACUUUUGGCAGCUCAAGAAUAUGCAACAUCAAAUGGGUUGCAUGUGCCUAGAAAUGUGCUCAUUCCCCGGACAAAGGGUUUUGUUACAUCAGUAAGUCAGCUGCGAUCUUUUGUUCCAGCCAUUUAUGAUAUAACAGUUGCUAUUCCAAGAAACUCGCCUCAGCCAACAAUGAUGAGGCUCUUCAAGGGGCAGUCUUCUGUGGUUCACGUGAACCUGAAGCGUCAUUUAAUGAAAGAUUUGCCAGAAACGGAUGAAGCUGUUGCACAGUGGUGUAAAGAUUUGUUUGUUGCCAAGGAUGAUUUAUUAGACAAGUAUAAAGCAGCAGAUACCUUCCCUGAUUCAGAACCUCAUGACAUUGGACGGCCUUUAAAGUCUCUUGUGGUAGUUGCUUCAUGGGCAUGCUUGCUAAUUUUUGGGGCCUUCAAAUUCUUCCAAUGGUCUAAUCUUUUCUCCUCGUUGAAGGGUAUAAUGAUCACAUCACUUUGUUUGGCUGUUGUUACCAUUUUAAUGCAAAUUUUAAUCCAAUUCACCCAAUCGGAACAUUCCACCCCUGCAAAGGUAGCACCCUCGCGAAGUGAUGAAAGAUUUACUCAUUCUCAACACGAUAAAAAGCAGUGAGCACCACAUGUUCAAUGCUCUUGUAUAAAAUGAUAUACUAUCAGAAUUGUUAAACAGAUUUACAUGAUAAAUACCUCAAAUCCUCAUUAUAAUUUAGUAUCUGUAAAAGUUAUCUAAUGUUUUAUAGGUUUUUUGUGUUUAUUAUAUCAAAGAAAUAGAAAAUUUCAAGGUGA